GGACUUGGACUCUGACUGCAGGUACUCGGAGCAAAUGGUUUGAUCAGAAGGAGGAGUUAUGUCAUUCCUUCGAAGGAAUGAAUUAAACGUGCAUCCUCAAGUGUCUGAUUGACAGGGCUACUCCAGGGAAAGAGCAUAUAAAGGCGGGGGCUGCUGUCUGCAGCAGGGAGCCGUGUCUACUGGACCGCGUGCGGGACCUUGGACUGUCCGUAUCCUCUGGACCUGACUUGGAACACUGAAAUCAGACCUCACCCCAGCUUUUUAUAUACAGGCGGCGCGGCAGGAGGCAGGAUGCUCUGGGGGCUGGCUGUGCUGGCUCUGUGUGCGUGGGCCGGUGCUCUCGCCGGUGAGCAGGACGAGGACACUGUUUUUGACCUUUUCAGCAUCAGCAACAUAAACCGCAAGACCAUCGGUGCCAAGCAGUUCCGAGGGCCCGACCCCGGGGGGCCUGCUUACCGUUUUGUGCGGUUCGACUACAUCCCCCCGGUGAACGCAGCUGAGCUGGACCGGGUUGUCGAGGCCAUGCGGCGGAAGGACGGCUUCUUUCUCACUGCCCAGCUAAAGCAGGACCGCAGGUCCCGCGGCACGCUGCUGGCGCUGGAGGGCCCGGGUGCCUCCCAGAGGCAGUUUGAGAUUGUCUCCAAUGGCCCGGCUGACACCCUGGACCUCACCUACUGGGUGGACGGCACCCCGCAUGUGGUCUCCCUGGAGGACGUGGGUCUGGCUGACUCCCAGUGGAAGAACAUCACCGUGCAGGUGGCCAGUGAGACCUACAGCCUGUAUGUGGGCUGCGACCUCAUGGACAGCUUCUCGCUGGAUGAGCCCUUCUACGAGCAGCUGGAGGCAGACAGAAGCAGGAUGUACGUGGCUAAAGGCGCUGCGCGGGAGAGUCAUUUCAGGGGUUUGCUGCAGAACAUCCACUUGGUGUUCGAGAAUUCCAUAGAAGACGUUCUGCGAAGGAAAGGCUGCCGGCAAGGCCAGGGAGCCGAAGUCAAUGCCAUCAGCGAGCAUACGGAGACCUUGCACCUGAGCCCUCACAUCACCACGGAGCUGGUGGGUCACGGAGUGGAUCAGAGGCCGGAGGUGUGCGAGCACUCCUGCGAGGAGCUGGCCAACAUGAUCCGCGAGCUGUCCGGGCUGCACGUCCUGGUGCGCCAGCUCGAUGAUAACCUGAGGAAAGUGUCCAGUGAUAACCAGUUUCUCUGGGAGCUCAUUGGUGGCCCUCCCAAGACAAGGAACAUGUCAGCCUGCUGGCAAGAUGGCCGAUUCUUUGCAGAAAACGAAACGUGGGUGGUGGACAGUUGCACCACGUGCACCUGCAAGAAAUUCAAAACCAUUUGCCACCAAAUCUCUUGCCCACCAGUGACGUGUGCCCACCCGUCCUUCAUGGAAGGCCAGUGCUGUCCUACCUGCUCUCACGAGGUGGACAGCGAAGAAGGCUGGUCUCCAUGGUCAGAGUGGACCGAGUGCUCCGUGACGUGUGGCUCCGGAACACAGCAGAGAGGCCGGUCAUGUGAUGUCACCAGCAACACCUGCCUCGGGCCCUCCAUCCAGACUCGGGCUUGUAGCCUUGGCAAAUGUGACACACGCAUCCGGCAGAACGGUGGUUGGAGCCACUGGUCGCCCUGGUCUUCCUGCUCUGUGACCUGUGGAGUCGGCAACAUCACGCGCAUCCGCCUCUGCAACUCCCCAGUACCCCAGAUGGGGGGCAAGAACUGCAAAGGCAGUGGCCGGGAGACCAAGACCUGCGAGGGUCCCCCCUGCCCCGUUGAUGGCCGCUGGAGCCCCUGGUCCCCAUGGUCGACCUGCACAGUCACCUGUGGUGGAGGAAUCCGGGAGCGCACGCGGGUCUGCAACAACCCUGAGCCUCAGCACGGGGGCAAGGACUGCGUGGGGGAUGUGAAGGAGUACCACAUGUGCAACAGGCGGAGCUGUCCCGUAGAUGGGUGCUUGUCCAACCCCUGCUUCCCUGGGGCCGCAUGCAACAGCUUCCCAGACGGAUCCUGGUCCUGUGGCUCCUGCCCAGUGGGGUUCCUGGGAAAUGGGACUCACUGUGAAGACUUGGAUGAGUGUUCUGUGGUUGUGGACAUCUGCUUCUCUACCAACAAAGUUUCCCGCUGCGUCAACACUCAGCCCGGCUUCCACUGCCUGCCCUGCCCGCCACGCUACAAGGGCACCCAGCCCUUUGCAGUGGGCCUGGAGGCCGCCAGGACAGAAAAGCAGGUGUGUGAGCCUGAGAACCCUUGCAAGGACAAGACUCACAACUGCCACCGGAAUGCAGAGUGCAUCUACCUGGGCCACUUCAGUGACCCAAUGUACAAGUGUGAGUGCCAGACAGGCUAUGCAGGUGAUGGACUCAUCUGUGGGGAGGACUCGGACCUGGACGGCUGGCCCAACAGCAACCUGGUGUGUGCCACCAAUGCUUCCUACCACUGCAUCAAGGACAACUGCCCCCAACUCCCCAAUUCUGGACAGGAAGAUUUUGACAAGGAUGGAAUUGGUGAUGCCUGUGAUGAGGAUGACGACAAUGAUGGUGUGAGCGAUGAGAAGGACAACUGCCAGCUGCUGUUCAACCCCCGGCAGUCUGAUUAUGACAAGGACGAAGUUGGGGACCGCUGUGACAACUGCCCUUACGUGCACAACCCUGCUCAGAUUGACACGGACAGCAAUGGGGAGGGCGACGCCUGCUCUGUGGACAUCGAUGGCGAUGACGUCUUCAAUGAAAGAGACAACUGUCCCUACGUCUAUAAUACUGACCAGAGAGACACGGAUGGCGAUGGUGUGGGUGAUCACUGUGACAACUGCCCUCUGAUGCACAAUCCUGAUCAGACGGACCUGGACAACGACCUUGUGGGAGACCAGUGCGACAACAAUGAAGACAUAGAUGAUGAUGGCCACCAGAACAACCAAGACAACUGCCCCUACAUUUCCAACUCCAACCAGGCUGACCAUGACAAUGACGGCAAGGGUGAUGCCUGUGACCCCGAUGACGACAAUGAUGGGAUCCCGGAUGACAGGGACAACUGCCGGUUGGUGUUCAACCCUGCCCAGGAGGACUCGGAUGGUGAUGGGCGUGGUGAUAUUUGUAAAGAUGACUUCGAUAAUGACAAUGUCCCAGAUAUCGAUGAUGUGUGCCCUGAAAACAAUGCCAUCAGUGAGACUGACUUCAGGAACUUCCAAAUGGUACCCUUGGACCCCAAGGGGACCACUCAAAUCGACCCUAACUGGGUUAUCCGUCACCAAGGCAAGGAGCUGGUUCAGACAGCAAACUCGGAUCCUGGCAUCGCUGUAGGUUUUGACGAGUUUGGGUCUGUGGACUUCAGUGGCACAUUCUACGUGAACACGGACAGGGAUGAUGACUACGCAGGCUUUGUCUUUGGCUACCAGUCCAGCAGCCGAUUCUAUGUGGUGAUGUGGAAGCAGGUGACCCAGACUUACUGGGAGGACCAGCCCAGCAGGGCUUACGGCUACUCAGGCGUGUCGCUCAAGGUGGUCAACUCCACGACGGGCACCGGCGAGCACCUGCGGAAUGCGCUGUGGCACACGGGGAACACGGAGGGACAGGUGAGGACAUUAUGGCAUGACCCCAAAAACAUUGGCUGGAAGGACUACACUGCCUACAGGUGGCACCUGACCCACAGGCCCAAGACAGGGUACAUGAGAGUCUUAGUGCAUGAGGGAAAACAGGUCAUGGCCGACUCAGGACCAAUCUACGACCAAACCUACGCGGGCGGGCGGCUGGGUCUGUUCGUCUUCUCUCAAGAAAUGGUCUACUUCUCGGAUCUCAAGUACGAGUGCAGAGAUAUCUGAAUAAGCCAUGCUGGAUUUCCAGAAAUGUGCUACAAAUGCUGUUACUUAGACAUCUCAGUGCACCCUGGUCCUUGUAGAUUUUCUCCUUUUGUGGCACUCAGUGCUCCUUGACCUUGCCUAUGAGUGGCUCUUCAGCUCCUUCAUCAGCCCCAAGUCCAAGCUCCUUUCAGAUGACACCACGAAUGGAACCCAAAGAUGCACAUCCAACCUUCUACCGGCAAAGUUUGAUGAUAGAGAUUUUGUGUGGAAUGAAAAUUGGGCAUGACGUUGCAUUCCUUUUGCUUGUUUGUUUAAAAAGAAUGACGUUUACAUAUGAAAUGUAAUUACUUAUUGUAUUUAUAUGUAUAUGAAGUUGAAGGGAAUAUUGUGCAUAAGCCAUUAUUAUAAAUUAAGCAUGAAAAAUAUUGCUCAACUACCUUCAGUGCUCAAUGUUUUCACUAGUUUUGGAUGAGUGCUGUUUUACAAUAACACACAAGCCCUUCGGGUCAACCGUAUGGAAGGGUCAAGUAGCGCUUGAAGCAAUGCCACAGCAAGGACGAGGUGAGGAAAUAAUUGUCAUGUGAAUCUGUGGCCCAAUAUGGAAUGAUGUGAGAUAUAAAUUGACUAAUUGAAACAGAGGAAAUAGAAAAUUAAAAGAAUGCCCUUCCCCUUUCUCCCCUUGUCCUGCAAAGGAAGCCUCAUGUUUGACAGAGAUGGAGUUCUAUCAAAGAGAGAACACCCCUGCAAAGUGGAGCUCUUGUGGCCCUGCUGCGGGCUCAGCACAGCCUCGGAGUGAGAGGCAAGCUGAGCCACGAGGCUUUGGUUCGGCUGGCUGCUCGUCCUCAGUGGGCUGCGAGCUCUCCUGGCCAGUAGUCCUCUAGUUUUGCAACCUGACCGCGGUGAUGCUUGCUUUGAGCUUCUUUCCUGAUCUCAGUUCCUGGAGAACAGCUAACCAGAUAAACAAGACAGCAACGCACUCUGGCAUCUUGUUCCUGUCCUAGGCUUUGGAAGCUAUGGAAAAUUUGCUUUUACUAACACAUUUCACUGAGGUUCCAGUUAUAAGUGUUUGUUAAUAUUUAUUAAAAGAAUAGGGAAUGCAGCUCCACUCACAAAUAACUUAUUUUAAACAUGCUAAGUAACACAUAUGUAGUAUAAUUUCUAGAAAUAAACAUAUAACAAGGAUAUAAUAAUAUGAGGAUAUGGCUACAGCGACAUAUCUGCCUGUUGAAGCACAAGGCUUUAUAAUAUGUUGUCCUAAUAAAGCCUGCUGUAAGAUGUAAUAGGCCAAAUAAAUAAUGAUGAAGAAUUCGUAAUGGAACCUUAAUAUAUUCUGUUGCCAGUGAUUUUAGCGUAGUUUUUUUUUUUUUCUGUUUUCUGUCUGCUGUAUAUAGUUUUUAAAAUUUGAAUGCCAAAGAAUAAUCAGCAUUUAGUCCUACCAGCACACCCAGUAAUCAAUCAGACAGUAACAGACACAAGAUUGAUUUAAUCCUGGCUUUGAGUUACAUAAUCUGCAGGAGAUUUUAUUUCCUCCUACUCCUUAUGGGUGGUUAGUGAAAGCUUGUCUUGUCUGUCUGACAUGGGACAAAUUUCUCUUCUCUCUGCUAAUUGUGAUAGCAUUUCUAUGUCCAAUAGGAGGAAUCCAUAACUAUUGUUUUAAUUUACAUAACAUUUCAUCAUGAUAAAAUUAUUUUUGUUGCUUCUUUUGAGGUUGGUACUCUUGUUUUGCUGCACUUUUCAUCUUUGUGGAACUGUAUUCCCCAAACCAGCAAAGGCUUGGGAAACUUCAUUAAAUGUGACGAUCGUGAA